GUGGAUUAUACAUUUUUCCUGGUUUUAUUUCCGGAUAUUGGCAUUUUGCCUGAACUAUGUUGAAGACAGUGUUUUCAUAUUUUCUCUCUUUAUAUAGUUUGUGGCAACAGGCCAUCUUUCCGUGCACAUAUCCUGAAUUGUUGCCUGCCAAUACUGUGGAUGUUCACAAGUAUCUGGGGACGUGGUACUUUAAAGCAGCGGUCAGCCGCAGAGAGGCCGACAUCCAGAAGUUCAGAGCACUGGACAGCAUCAGGUUCACCAUGGAGAAGAUUAACAAUGACACACUGCUGCUCACCGGACAUAUGCGCAUAGGCGAUAACUGCACAAAACAGACAUGGAUCUAUCAUAUACGCCCUGACAGGGAUGAUUUGGAACUGGAAGGAAAGCCAAAGCAGCAAAGCCUGCUUCGGACAGGAAGGUUGGCCAACUGCUCUGAAUGCAUCGUUGUUCAAGAAAUAGAACCGCCGCUACAUCAAACAGAGGCCGAAGACUCUCUCAGCAGAUACAUUCUCUAUGCUCGGCAGAAAGACGUGAAAACAGAAGUGAAAACAUUUCUGGAAAACAAUGCUUGUCAUCAUAUGACGAAAUCUGUUACAUUACCUCAACAAAAAGAGUUCUGCAAGUAGACAACAACACCGAGUGUGUUGCUGACUCUUUGGACAUCAGAGAAGCAGUACAUAAACUUUUUGUAUUUUUAUGGAAUCACUUGCACAUCCACACUCUCAUAGCAGACCAAUAUCACUGGCCAGUAUUUGUUAACAUCAAAAAGCAUUAUAAAGCCUGAUGACUGGUGGUAUUGAAAGAUUUACAAUUCUAUUGUUCUGUGAAGAUAAAGAUUUUUCUAGGAGUCGUUUAUUAUUGUUGCACAAUUUCAAAGCCUGGACAAAACAUUUGGA